GAUCAGCAGCAGCGCGAUCAGAACAUGGUCAUCAAUCGUCUGGAGCGUGGGGCUCGCGCACAGUCCCCUCAUUUCGACGACGUAGGUGGCGGUGGCGGCCUCGGCGGAGGCCGUGGCGGCAACUACUUCGGCCGCGGCGAUCCCUUUGCUCGCGGCGGUGAUGGCUUUGGCCCGGACGGCGGUCGGAGCGGCUUCCACGGUCGAUUCGGUCACCGCUAUGAUGGUGAUGGCGAGCGACCCCCACGCUACCACAAGCUCGACUUCCCCAAGUACGACGGCCGCGACGAUCCACUUCCUUUUCUCAACCGGUGUGAGCAAUUAAUCUGGGGACAACGCACGCCGGAAGAUGACAAGGUGUGGCUGGCCUCCUACCACUUGCUCGACGGAGCGCAGCAGUGGUAUACGUGUCUGGAGCGUGACCAUGGGCCGCCCUCGUGGCACCGUUUUUCGGAGCUCCUCAACAUGCGCUACGGCCCCCUACUCCGUUCAGCACCGCUGGGCGAGCUCGCGGCCUACCGGCGCACGUCUACGGUGGACGACUACACCGACCACUUCCUCGACCUGCUGGCUCGCGCGGGCUACCUCUCCGAAGAUCAGCAGGUCAUAACUAGAAGGGCUACUGAAAUUGUUCUGCUAACGGUGUCACUUGUCCCAGAAAUUGUUCAUUGAAGAUUUUUUCCUGAAGUUAUUUCUGAAUGAAGACCUGCUAAAGAUAUCACUUGUCCCAACAACAAAGACCUACUAAAGAUAUCACUUGUCCAUUGAAGUUAUCUCUGUAUUUAUAUUAUUUGGAUGAGAUGUUACUUAAAGUUAAUGAAUGCUAAGAAUUAUCUGUACUCUUGUAUGCAUAUACUCUAUGAUUCAACAUAAUUGUUACUAAUGAAUUUGUUAUUUCUGAAACUGUGGUAUGGAACCCUACAGUGGAAUGUUUUCUGCA